AUGUCGGCGCCAAUCAAGAUUGCGGUCCUUGACGACUACCAGGGGAUAUCCGAGCCCAAGUUCAAGGCAUUGGACCCGGCCAAAUACGAAGUCACCUUCUUCAAAGACACACUUCUGCCUUACAAUCACCCGGGCACGCCGCAAGAUGUCAAGGACCAACUCGUCUCGCGCCUCCAACCGUUCACAGUGAUAUCCACGAUGCGUGAGCGGACCCCGUUUCCUCGGGACCUCAUCUCGCGGCUGCCGAAUCUCAAACUCCUGCUGACAACCGGCAACCGGAACCUUGCGCUAGACCUGGAGGCGUUCCGGGAGCGGGGAAUUCCCGUAGCCGGGGCGGUGGACCGGGCGCAUGCCGGGUCAGUCGGGUCCGUCAGCACGGUGGAGCAUUGCGUGGCUCUGAUCCUGGGCGCGGCGCGCAACACGGCGCAGGACGAUCUCUCGGUGAAAACGGGCGGCUGGCAGACGGUGCCUGCCGUCACGCUGCGCGGCAAGGUCUUCGGCACCGUCGGGCUCGGCCGCCUGGGCGUCGCCGUCGCCACCAUCAUGCACCAGGCGUUUGGCAUGCGCGUCGUCGCCUGGAGCUCGAGUCUCACCCAGCAGGCGGCCGACGACAAGGCCAGGGAAGCCGGGUUGCCGGUUGAGGACCAGAGUGGCGAGAAGACUUUCAAGGUUGUGAGCAAGGAGGAAUUGUUCAGCACGGCGGAUGUGGUGAGCGUGCAUCUGGUCUUGUCGGACCGGUCGAGGGGCGGGAUUGCGAAGGCGGAUCUGAUGAGGAUGAAGAAGGGGGCCAUCUUUGUGAACACCUCGCGAGGCCCAUUGGUGGUGGAGGAGAAUCUGUUGGAAGUGCUGGAGCAGGGGAGGAUCAGGGCGGCGGCGCUGGAUGUGUUUGAUCUGGAGCCACUGCCCUUGGAUAGCAGGUGGAGGACCACGAAAUGGGGCCAGGACGGCCGGAGCCGGGUGCUUCUCACGCCGCAUAUGGGCUAUGUGGAGGAGGCGACACUGGAUGCCUGGUACGAGCAGCAGGUUGAAAAUCUCCUGAGAUGGGAGAAAGGGGAGCCCCUGGUCCAGAGCCUGUACUGA